GGGCGUAUGCUACGCGCCUACCGGCCAUGGCCCCGUCCUCUUCUGCGUCCCGCGUCGGCGCUGUCCUGGGCCAUCUCUCGUCCAGGAGCAUGGCUUCCUCCAGUGCGGGCGCGCAGGAUGUUAUACUGUUUGAAUCGCAUCUCUCGUCGCGGACGUACAUCCUCAACCGAGACAAGAAGCUCAACGCCCUCGAUCAGACCAUGCUCGACGUCCUCCGGCCCAAGAUCGAGGAAUGGGCCUCCGCCGACCUCUGCAAGCUCGUCAUCGGCCGCGGCAACGGGCGCGCCUUCUGCGCCGGCGGGGACGUCGCCAGCGUAGUCACCCAAGCCGCGAAUCCCUCCACGCGUCCGCGCGCAAUCGAGUUCUUCAAGCGCGAGUUCGAGCUCGACUACCUCCUCGCCGCCCUCGGCAAGCCGUACGUCGCCGUCAUGGACGGGAUCACCAGUACGUCCUGCUCUACGAAGAUCGGGUACUGCCCCGACGUCGGCGCGAGCGCGUUCCUCGCGAGACUCGACGGCGAGCUCGGCACGUACCUCGCGCUCACGAGCGAGAUCAUCUCGGGGCGCGAAGUCUACGAACUCGGCCUGGCGACGCACUUUGUGCCCAGCACCUCGCUCCCCGCGCUGCUGCGUGCGCUGCAGGCGCUCGAAGAGCCCUCGUGGGAGGCGGUCGACGCGACGAUCGAGGGGUUCUACAUCGCGCCCGAGGAGCUCGGCGUCGGCGGGGACUUUGAGGGACAGGUGAAUAAGGAGCAGGCAGAGGGCGUCCCCCCCUCGGAGCGCUACGCGCGCACGCAAGGCGGACAGCCGCAGACGCAAGCCCCCGGGCAAUCGAGCGUCCUCGUCCUCCCCACCGGCCCCCACUCCGGCGCGGUCCGCGCCGCGAUCGACCGCGCGUUCUCGCGCCCCUCCGUCGCGGGGAUCCUGCACGAGCUGUCCUACCUCGCCGAGCACGGCUUGGCUCUCCCUUCUGCUAGUAAUGCGGAAGCAGAAAAGGAGCAGGUGAAGAAGUGGGCGGGGAGGGUUAAGGGGGUGUUGGGGAUGCGGAGCCCGACGAGUUUGGUGGUCAGUCUGGAGGCGCAGAGGAGGGGACGGGAGGCCGUGAGGGGGGAGCCGGCGAGCGCUUUGGAAAGGGCGUUGAGGAUGGAGCUGGGGAUCGCUACCGCGUUCGUGAACGGUGCCAGCCCCGACUUCUCGACCGGCGUACGCGCAGUCUUAAUCGACAAGCUGCCCAAGGACCAGCGUCCCGCUUGGGAGCCGUCUACGGUGGACGCCGUCCCAGUCGAUGACAUCCUUGAGAAAUUCUUCAACCCGUCUUCGCCGUACUACAAGCCCGCGUCGCGUCUGGAAAUUCCAGAGUCAUUCGCAGCAAGGCCUAUCAACAAUCCCAAUCAAUUCGCCCUCCCGAGCGAGCAGGAGAUCGAAAGUGUGAUCAAGGGUAGCCACAGGACGAGCGGCGAUUUCGGCUUGACCGUGGAGGAAGUUGUAGCCAAGUGUGAGAGGGAUCUAGCUCCCGGCUCCCGGAAGUCUCGAAGGACCAAGGGUGGCAUCAGGGAGAAGGUGGCCGAUAUCGUGAGAAGGAAAUGCGAUGUCGACGCUGAGGGGAAGUGGGUCAAGUGGAGAGGUUGAGACGUGAAUUUUGCCGUUGUGCUUAGUUAGUUAUCGGAAUCUGGUUGCCUUACACUGUUUACUCAGAAGAGAACCGCAUGCCAUAUUCCUCUAGUUCACAAACGAGCCGCGAACCAGAC